AUGAAAAAACUUCCGGUGAAAUAUCACGCCAACAAAAAGGCUUGGAUGACAACAGACAUCUUUACGGCGUUUUUAAGUUCUCUGGAUGCCUCCAUGGGCGCACAAGGCAGAAAGAUUUUGCUGUUUGUUGAUAAUUGUGCCGCUCAUCCGAAGGACACGACAUUUCUACGAAAUGUGAAAGUCGUGCAGUAUCCAGCAAAUUGCACGAGCGUCUUGCAACCGCUUGAUUUGGGCAUCAUAAAAUCUUUCAAGCAGUUGUAUAGAAAGCGCCUUAUGCAAACAGCUGUAUGUGCAUUGGAUGCUGGGAAGGAUGUCAACAUGAAAAUUGACGUGCUACAAGCAAUUCAUUUCACAGUGGCAGCUUGGCGGCAUGUCUCCCAACCAACUGUUCUGAAUUGUUUUCACAAAGGUGGCUACGGGUGUGAACUUCGCACAGAAGCAGACUCUAACGUCAGUGUGGAUGAGCAUGAUGGCUUUCACGAAGACUGGAAUAGAUUUGGCGCCGUGAAAGACGUGGUUAAAUUUGGUGACUACGCGGCAGUGGACAGCGAGCUUGCUAAAUACAUGCGGAGUCGACACGAUUGA